AUGGCUGGGACUAGAGGCAAAGCAGAGCCAAGACCGGGUCCAUGGGUGCUGGUCUACGUCAAGGCCGACAGCAGUGUCUCAUUGGAACGUCGAGAAGUCGUCAAAAACCAGUCAUCACGGCCAGUAUCGUGGGGAAAGCUGAACGCAAAGCCGUGGAGUCGGAGGCAAUCGAUCGAAAUUCCAGUCGCGUCAGAAACACCGAGGCAGAGUUUCUCCGACAGCGGGAUUGACUCAACGCGAUCCAGCGGCGCCACCAGUCCGCCAUACGAUACGUAUCAGUCGACUCUCGUGUUCAACCGGAUAGACUCCUCCUGGAAACGCCUGGCCGGUCUGGCAAGGACCUACGAAGUCUUCGAAGAUCCAUUGUACUGA